GGUUGGAGACUCUGGUCAGUGGUCUCUCUGUUCUCUAAAAUAAACAACGGAAAACCACCUUCCCUCGCCAAAACAUAGAAUCAAAAGCAGAAAGCAACCCAAAGCGAACUCCACUAGUCCAGUGACUCCCAGGAUGAGCUGCGAUCCUUCGAAACCCUAGAGAAGCUUCUGCGUUGCUUUUUGCGCUGCGAAUCUAAUGGCGUUCUGGUGGCCUCUGCUCGUCCUCGGAUUCGCUUUCGCGAUAUGCAGAUUCCUGCUCAUGCUGAUUCCUCCCAAUGUGCCUUCCAUCGACGUUGAUACUUCCGAUAUGGUGGAUGAUGGGAAUCAGACCAAGGAGAACAGCUUCAUCUAUAUACCUUCAAGGGGAAGAACACCAGAUAAAGUCCAAUGCUACGAGCCUGCAACAAUGAAAUACAUGGGAUUUUUCCCAGCUUUGGAGCCUGUUGAGGUUAAGGAGCGUGUGGAACAGGCAAGGAAGGCACAAAAAAUAUGGGCAAAGAGUAGCUUUAGGCAAAGGCGUCAAUUUUUGCGGAUACUUCUAAAGUAUAUUAUUGAACAUCAAGAGCUUAUAUGCGAACUUUCUUCUCGUGAUACUGGAAAAACAAUGGUUGAUGCCUCUUUGGGAGAAAUAAUGACAACUUGUGAAAAGAUCACUUGGCUUCUUUCAGAGGGCGAGCGGUGGCUAAAGCCUGAGUAUCGAUCUUCUGGAAGGUCAAUGCUUCACAAGACAUCCAAAGUGGAAUUUCAUCCCCUUGGUGUGAUUGGAGCCAUUGUCUCAUGGAACUAUCCAUUCCACAAUAUUUUUAAUCCAAUGCUUGCUGCAGUCUUUUCAGGAAAUAGUGUUGUGAUAAAGGUUUCUGAACAUGCAAGUUGGUCAGGCUGUUUCUACUUCCGAAUUAUCCAAGCUGCCCUUAAUGUUGUGGGAGCUCCUGAAAAUCUGGUCGACAUAAUAACAGGAUUUGCUGAAACAGGCGAAGCCUUAGUAUCUUCAGCUGACAAAAUCAUAUUUGUUGGGUCACCUGGUAUCGGUAGGAUGAUAAUGAGAAAUGCUGCUGAAACCUUGACACCGGUUACGCUUGAGCUUGGUGGCAAGGAUGCAUUUAUUGUGUGUGAAGAUGUAGAUGUGCAUCAUGUUGCACAAGUUGCUGUUAGGGCUGCUCUUCAAUCAAGUGGACAGAAUUGUGCCGGUGCUGAGAGGUUUUAUGUUCAUCGAGGCAUUUAUUCUUCAUUUGUCGCUGAAGUGGUCAAAAUUGUGAAAUCAGUUUCUGUUGGCCCUCCUCUUUCUGGAAGAUAUGAUAUGGGAGCAUUAUGUUUAAUAGAGCAUUCUGAGAAGCUCCAAAGCCUUGUAAUUGAUGCCUUAGACAAAGGGGCUCAAAUUGUUGCUCGUGGUAGUUUUGGCAAUUUAAGUGAAGGUGCCGUUGAUCAGUUCUUUCCUCCUACCGUAAUUGUAAAUGUAAACCACUCAAUGAAGUUGAUGCAAGAGGAGGCUUUUGGACCAAUCAUGCCAAUAAUGAAAUUCAGCUCUGAUGAAGAGGCUGUUAAGCUUGCUAAUGACUCUAAGUAUGGGCUUGGCUGUGCUGUUUUUUCUGGCAGUAAGCGCCGUGCCAAAGAGAUUGCUUCCCAGUUACAUAUUGGAGUUGCUGCUAUCAAUGACUUCGCAUCAAAUUACAUGUGUCAGUCCCUGCCAUUUGGUGGUGUAAAACACAGUGGAUUUGGAAGAUUUGCUGGAGUAGAAGGCUUGCGCGCUUGCUGCCUUGUGAAAUCAGUUGUGGAGGAUAGAUGGUGGCCGUACAUCAAAACCAUGAUACCAAAGCCUAUCCAGGUGAGCUUCGAAAACUUAUUUACUGCAAUUAUCAAGUUCGCAUUUUCACUGAUUGGUUUUGCUCUGCUGCAGUAUCCUGUCUCGGAAAACAGCUUCGAGUUUCAGGAGUUACUAGUAGAAGCACUCUAUGGGUUGAAUGUGUGGGAUCGCUUGCGAGCAUUUGCCAACAUUUUAAAGAUCCUUACCGAUUAUAAUUCUCCUGCCAGCAUUAAAAGAGCUGACUAGGCGUGGUAGUUUGUUGUCAUACAUUUUCACUGUUUUCUUUUCAGGAGAAUAUAUUGUAGCCUCUUUUUUGGGAUUGCUCUCAAACACCCCUCACUGUAUCUCGCUGUGCAUCCUUAUUGACAAUGUUUCCAUUUUCAUUCUUUUCUUCUGUUGCUAAACAGAGAUUUUCCCAUGAGUUCUUUUUUUUUUUCUUUUAGGUGAAAAAAAUAGUUUUUGUCCUCGUAUACAUCAAACAACCUGCAGUAGGUGAUGCUUUAUUCCAUAAUCAGAAAUAUUGACCAAUAAUAUUUGCUGUUCAACA